AUGCAUUCUUUACCACAAGAAGUACAGCUUGAUGUAUUAAAAUGUCUUAAUUUUAAUGAAUUAUUUUCUCUUAAAUUAACCAAUUUUUACUUUCUCAAUUUAAUUAAUAAAUAUGAGGGGGAAUUGGCACGAAAGAAAUUUAGACAUCUUUCAUUAAUAAAAAUUAGCCUUAACGAUAAUCGAUUGUCACCAGAUAAAUUCUUCGAUCCUCAAUCAGGGACUUUUGAAUUUACUUUAACUGAUCAACUUAAAGAGAAGUGGCAAAAAGCGAUAGACAAAUCAAUUCCGUUGUCUUUAAAUAGUUCCAAGUCUGAAAGAACUAUUUUUGUUAGAAUUGAAGAAAUUUCCUAUUUAUUGGACAAAAAGAAUCUUUUAAAUUUGCCAAACUUUCCAAAAAAUAUUGACGAAAUGAUAGAAAUUCGUUGCUGGUUAGAACAACUUUUUAAUUGUGCUUAUGACCGUGUUUGUUUUGAUGGAAAUUUAUUUAAUCCAGAAAUGAUUAAUAUUUUAUUUGAUAACGACAACACAAUUCCUCCUCAAUUUAACGUUAAUGAAUUAAUUUUAUCGGCUAAUAAUACAACAUUCGAAAUUGUUUUGAAAUUUUCUUUAAAUUAUUUGUCUAUUUCCGAAUUUAUUUGCAUCAAUUUGGAUAUUGACUUUACAGAACAACGCACAGAUAUUUUAUUUGAUAUUUUAAUAAAUGAUGGACAUAAAUUUCCAAAAAUUUGUUUAAAAUAUGUUAAAUUAGAUCUUUAUGAUCAAAUUAUGAAAGUAUGUAGUUGA